AUGGCUAGGGAUAGAUUCAAUGAGUCUGAUCUGCAUGAUGUAAGGAUACGUCUUAUUGGAAGUCGCAAUUAUGAUUCUAGACAAUAUAACUUACCUGAUAGUACUGAAGUUGCUGCUAUUAUUGUUGGAGAUUUAAAUACUGAAAAUUGUGAAAGGGAUAUUAUUGUUGAAAACCAGAGUUCAGGAUUGCAGCGUAUAUAUGGAAGUCAUCCGAGCUAUAUGGCUUUACAAUAUCCAUUGCUUUUUCCUUACGGUAACACAUUAUUGCUUGGUGGAAGGCUUUUUCAACAAUUCAUAGUCGAUGCCUAUACUUCCAUUGAAGAGGAAAGAUUACAAUGGGUAAGGCAAAACCAAUUGAAAUUAAGAUCUGAACUAUAUGGUGGGCUUAAAGAUGCUGUGCUUCGUGGUGAUACAAAUCCAAAAACAGUUGGAAAGCGGAUCAUCUUACCUUCCUCUUUUACUGGAAGCCCAAGAUACAUGGCUCAGAAUUAUCAAGAUGCAAUGGCUAUAUGUAGAAGGGUAGGAUAUCCAGAUCUGUUUAUGACAUUUACUUGCAAUCCAAAAUGGUCUGAAAUCACACAGUGCUUGGAAUUUAUAGAAGGCCAAAAUGUUGGGGACCGACCAGAUAUUGUAACAAGGGUUUUUAAAAUAAAGUUGGAUGAAUUAUUACAUGAUUUGAGGCAUGAAUCUCAUUUUGGAAGAGUCAUUGCAGUAGUAUACACAAUCGAAUUUCAGAAAAGAGGUCUUCCGCAUGCACAUAUUCUCCUUUUCUUGGAUCCAAAAGAUAAGUGCCCAAGCCCAGCAGACAUUGACAGUAUUAUUACAGCAGAAAUACCAGAUCCACAUAAAGAUCCAAUUGCUUAUGAAGAUGUAAAACAGUUUAUGAUGCAUGGGCCAUGUGGAUAUGCAAACCCAAGAUCACCUUGUAUGGCUAAUGACAAAUGUACAAAACAUUUUCCAAAAAAAUUUUAUGAAGAGACAACUAUCGAUGAAGAAGGUUUCCCCGUUUAUAGAAGAAGAAAUGAUGGGAAGACAAUAGUAAAAAAUGGAAUUACUUUGGAUAAUCGGUAUGUUGUGCCAUAUAAUGUAGACUUACUGGUAAAGUACCAGUCACAUUUGAAUGUGGAAUGGUGCAAUAGAUCUCGAUCGAUUAAAUAUUUAUUUAAAUACAUAAAUAAGGGACCAGAUAGAGUCACAAUUGUUUUACAAGAAAAUCUGCCAGGUACUGAUAAUGACGAACAACAACCAAGCAUUGUUGUUGAUGAGACCAAAGCAUAUUUGGAUUGUAGGUAUAUUUCAGCUUCUGAAGCAUGUUGGAGAAUAUUUGAAUUUCCGAUUCAGUUUCGAAAUCCACCAGUUGAAAGAUUAAACUUUCAUUUAGAAAAUGAAAAUCCCAUUAUAUAUCCAGAAAAUGCAAAUUUGAACAACAUUUUACAAAGGCCAGGAAUCAAAGACACAAAAUUUACUGAAUGGAUGAAAACUAAUGAAGCUUUUGAAGAUGCUCGUGAGUUAACUUAUGCUGAAUUUCCUACAAAAUGGGUAUGGCAUCAAAAUGUUAAGCAAUGGAAACGAAGAAAAGGUAGAAAAUGUAUUGGAAGAGUAUAUAAUGCUCACCCUUCAAGUGGAGAUCGAUUUUACUUGAGAAUGUUGCUUAACAUUGUCAAAGGCCCAAAAAACUUUAAAGAGAUAAUGACUGUAAAAAAUAUUACUUAUCCUACUUACAAAGAUGCAUGUUAUGCACUUGGGCUUCUAGAUGAUGAUAAAGAGUGGCAUGAAUGCAUAAAUGAAGCUGCACAUUGGGCCAGUGGCAAACAGUUACGCCAACUAUUUGUUACCAUACUCAUGUUUUGUGAAGUAUCUGAUCCUUUAAUUUUAUGGGAUUCUAAUUGGAAAAUUCUUACGGAAGAUAUACUUAAUAGACAAAGACAUAUCUCCCAUUUCCAUGAUUUGAUAUUAUCUGAUAGUCAAUUGAAAAAUUAUGGCUUGUAUGAAAUUGAUCAAAUCCUCCAACAAUAUGGGAAAUCUUUGAAAGACUAUCCUCAAAUGCCUCAGCCAGAUGUAAAUAUUCUUAUUCAUAAAAGAAAUAGACUUAUUGAAGAAGAAAUGUCAUAUAAUAUAGGAAGUUUGCAAAGAGAACAUGAGAUCUUGAUAUCUGGCCUCAACAAUGAACAAAGAAAUAUCUAUAAUUCUAUAAUGGAAGCUGUUUUUUCUGAAAGUGGGGGCAUGUUUUUUGUCUAUGGUCAUGGUGGAACGGGAAAAACAUACCUUUAUAGAACAAUUUUGGCUGCUGUAAGAUCAAAAGGAAAAAUUGCUCUAGCAGUUGCUUCUUCAGGUAUUGCUGCUCUUUUACUUCCUGGUGGCCGGAUAGCACAUUCACGAUUCCACAUUCCGAUUAAUGUUAAUGAUGAGUCAACCUGUGAAAUAAAGCAAAAAACACAGACAGCAGAACUUCUUUUGAAAACAAGUAUAAUACUUUGGGAUGAGGCACCAAUGGCAAAUAGAAAUUGCUUUGAAGCUGUUAAUCGCAGCCUUCAAGAUAUACUGCAGAUUGAAGAUCCAAUGAAUUUAGAAAAACCUUUUGGUGGCAAAGUUGUGGUUUUAGGUGGUGAUUUUCGGCAAAUACUUCCAGUUGUGAAAAAGGGAAGACGUGAAGAUAUUGUCCAAUCUACAAUUUGUCAGUCACACUUAUGGAAUUAUUGUCAUGUGUUUAAACUACAACAAAAUAUGAGACUUUUGCAGAACAAUAUGAGUGAAAUAGAAGGAUUAUCUGUACAAGAUUUUAGUGAAUGGAUUUUAAAAAUAGGUAAUGGUGAUUUGGGAGAAGGUGAUGGUGACAAUAACAUUACAAUUCCUCAUGAUCUAAUCAUCCAACCUACACAAAAUCCACUGGAAGAUAUUAUUAAUAGCACAUACCCUGAUUUGAAUGCUCAAUACAUGGAUGCAAGUUACAUUGAAGAAAGGGCAAUUCUUGGCCCUACAAAUGAAGUUGUAGAGGAAUUAAAUGACUACAUAAUCUCAUCAGUAAAUGGAGUAGAACAUGAAUAUUUGAGUUCAGAUUCUAUUUGCAAGGCUUCUUUGAAUGUUCCUGAUCAAGACAUUUUAUACCCUAUUGAGUUUUUAAACAGCUUAAGAUUUCCUGGAUUGCCAAAUCAUAAGUUGACAUUAAAAGUAGGCUUGCCUAUUAUGUUGCUUAGAAACUUGAACCAGAAUGAAGGGCUUUGUAAUGGAACAAGGUUGAUUAUUACAAAGUUGGCUACAUGGGUUAUAGAAGCAAAAAUUAUUACUGGCACUAAUAUAGGCAACUGCGUGUUCAUUUCGAGGAUAACAUUAUCUCCAACUGAUUCGAAAUGGCCUUUUGUUCUAAACAGGAGACAAUUCCCAAUUUCUGUGUGUUUUGCAAUGACAAUAAAUAAAAGCCAAGGACAGUCAUUGAAACAUGUGGGAGUUUAUUUGCCUAAACCAGUUUUCAGUCAUGGACAAUUAUAUGUUGCAGUUUCUAGAGUAACAAGCAGAAAUGGGUUGAAGUUCCGCAUAAUUAAUGAUGAAACUGAUCAAAGUUGUGAAACAAAAAACAUUGUGUACAAGGAGGUUUUCACCAAACUUAUUUAA